AUGGCUACCAAGAGAGCUGGCAAAGGUGAAGACUCACAAUCAAAAGCUGAUGCACACCCUACAGACCUAAAUCCCACUACAAAAACCUUCGAAUUUGGAGGCCCACUCGGCGCAGGAGCACUCGUCGUAGUCCUCCCAGCCACAGUCCUCGGUUUGUUUUUGACCGUCAACAAAUCAGGCAGUCCUCCUGCUUGGGUACUCAACCUCGACUACAACGGUCUCAAAUCCGCACUAUCAAGCAUAAAACUCUUUGAUGCAAAAUCUGUCGCUGUCGUCCUCGGCUGGUUUGGUUUCCAAGUCAUCCUGGAACGUGUCCUUCCAAGCGACGAUGCAACAGGCACCGAGCUACGCGAUGGAUCCAAGCUGCAAUACAGCAUAAAUGCAUUCAAGGCGUUUGUGGCAUCUGGACUUGCUAUCGGUGGCAUGACGGCGGUGUAUGGGCUCAAACCGCUUGUAUGGGUCGCUGAUCAUGUCGUGCCACUGGGAGUCGCAUCGAUGGGGUUAUCGACGGCUAUAGCGCUGCAUAUGUACUCGCGCUCGUUUGGGAAAGGUGCGCUGCUGGCGUUGGGAGGAAACACGGGUAGUUCUGUGUAUGAUUUCUUUAUUGGGAGGGAGUUGAAUCCACGGGUUGGAAAGUCGACGUUUGAUUGGAAGUACUUUUGUGAAUUGAGGCCGGGGUUGAUUGGAUGGGCGGUGUUGAAUGCUGCGUUUGCGGCUAAGCAGUAUACGGAGCUGGGACGUGUUACGGAUUCUAUGGUGUUGGUUAAUGCGUUCCAGGCGUAUUAUGUUGUGGACGCGCUAUGGAAUGAGCCUGCUAUUCUGACUACUAUGGACAUUGUUAUGGAUGGAUUUGGAUACAUGCUUGCCUUUGGAGACUUGGCAUGGGUUCCCUUCACAUACUCGCUCCAAGCCCGAUACCUGGCCGACCAUCCAAAUGAUUUAGGUGCAACAAAAGCAGCAGCCAUUGUUGCUCUGAAGUUAUUGGGCUUGUAUAUCUUUAGAGCUUCAAACUCUCAAAAGAAUGCAUUCAGAACCAACCCUGAUGCACCUGAAGUCAAGCACUUGAAGUAUAUCAAUACGCCAACCGGUAGUCGACUGCUUACGUCUGGUUGGUGGGGUUCUGCUCGUCAUAUCAAUUAUACUGGUGACUGGCUCAUGGCUGUUGCAUGGUGCUUGCCAACUGGCUUCAAGACACCAUUGACAUACUUUUACCCAAUCUACUUUGCUGUCUUGUUAAUACACCGUGCCAUGCGAGACGAUGAAAAGUGUCGACACAAGUAUGGCAAAGCUUGGGAAGAAUAUUGCAAGAAGGUCCCAUACCUCUUUGUUCCAGGCUUGAUAUAA